UGUCAGUAAGCAGUACCAGUGUGAGAGUGAUCAAUAUUAUCUAAUGAUGUCGAAUUCAGAUUAUGAUCCUGCUUCAUUACCUGAUCUGUUACCUCUGUAUUACCGCCGCCUGUUCCCCUACUCACAGUACUACCGCUGGUUAAGCUAUGGAGGAGUCGCUAAGAACUACUUCCAGAACCGUGAGUUUUCCUUCACCCUCAAAGAUGACAUUUAUAUCCGGUACCAGUCUUUCAGCACCCAAACCGAACUGGAGAAGGAGAUGCAGAAAAUGAAUCCAUAUAAGAUAGACAUUGGUGCGGUCUACAGCCACCGGCCAAGUCAGCACAACACAGUAAAGUCGGGAACGUUCCAGGCUCUGGAGAAGGAACUGGUAUUUGAUAUUGAUAUGACUGACUAUGAUGAUGUUAGAAGCUGCUGCAGUGCUGCAGAUAUUUGCUCAAAAUGCUGGACACUGAUGACUAUUGCGGUUCGUAUUCUGGAUCGAGCACUAAGAGACGAUUUUGGAUUUCAGCACCUUCUUUGGGUGUACUCGGGCAGGAGAGGAGUUCACUGUUGGGUCUGUGACGAAGGUGCAAGAAAGCUGUCAGUGGCUGCUCGUUCGGCUGUGGCCGAGUACCUCAGCUUAGUCAAGGGUGGUGAGGAGACAAUAAGAAAAGUGGUGCUUUCGGACCCCAUUCACCCCUUUAUCAGUAAGUCUCUGUCUGUAGUGGAGCACUACUUCCCUCAGUAUGCCAUUGUGGAUCAGGACCUGAUGGGCAGUAAGGAGAGCGUGGAUAAAGUGCUCACCCUGUUACCUGAAGAUGUCAGGAAAGAGCUGCACAAUUUUUACCAGACUGAGAAGAACCCAGUGAAGCGCUGGGAAAGACUGACUUCUCUAGUGCAUCAAAAAAAGAUCAGCAGUAAAAAGGGAGCUCAGUACUUGGAUAAGGAGAUCAUGCUGCAGUACUGCUACCCACGCCUGGACGUUAACGUCAGCAAAGGCGUCAACCAUUUACUGAAGAGUCCAUUCAGCGUCCAUCCUAAAACAGGUCGAAUUUCUUUACCAAUCGAUCUAAGGAAUCUAAAUAAAUUUGACCCCUUUGAAGUCCCUACAAUCAGCCUUAUCUGUGAGGAGCUGGACAAACCCAGAGCGGGCGAGGAAGAGGAGGAGGAGAUGAAGGAUAUAGAGAAUGAAGCAGACUCUGCUGAAAAACGUAAAAUCAGAGAUUACAAGAGGACGAGUCUGGCCAAGUAUGUGAAGCUGUUUGAUCAGUUUUUAGAUGCGAUGGCUCGUUCUAGAAAAGGAGAGAUGCUGAAGAAAAGUGAUCUGCAAAAGGAAUUUUGAUGUUUUGGUGGUGGUCCAAACACUUGAUCUACCAGGAGAUGCCUUGUUUUUUACUGCCAUGCUAAAGCACUUCCCUUCAGUACAAAGGAAAGAAAGUUCUGUAGACUGCUCUGUAUCUCUCAUUUAGAUCAGUUUAGGUUUGGUUUAGGCUUAAACACACAGUUUGAUGCCACAUCACACACACAGAUGUAAAACAAUAAGGCGAAUAUUAUUAGUUCAGGCUCAUAAUACCAAUAAACAAUGAAAUACAUUUUUAUUACUUACAGAUCUUGUAUAUUAGAAGAAAUGUCAUCAUUCUGGGCA